UUCCACUUUUGUAGCUAAUUCAUCGACGCUUAUUUAACGAAGAUCCAUUUUUGGGAGAAAUUUGUUUUGCUAUCGCCAAUUGUUCUUUUGCUUUGCGCUCAGUAUUAAGCCAUUUUCAUUGAAUCCCGCUAAAUGUCGUAUUUACUCACGGAAAUAGCAGUGGAGAUGCUGGGCUACAAGUUCUACGACACCAACGGUACCUUCCAUCUUACAAACUUUCAAAACAACUCGACGCAUUGCGAACCGCAUACCGACGAACCCUCGCUGACGGAUUUUAUCGAGCAGAUUGAAUUAUUGCACGAAAAGCCGAAUGUGCAAGUAGAGCGGAAACCGGAGGAGGCUGAUCUGGGCGCCAACCAUGUCCCAGAUUCCCGUAAUCCACGACGCACGCCGGCCAAGGCUCUGGCCAAAAUAAUGGACUACGAAAGCGAGAAGAUUAUUAACCAAAUCAGCACACGUCUGGAACGGUCGGUAAGUCGGCGGACGGCUGCUGACAGUGAUGUCCUGCUGGGCGAGAUUACAGACGAGGAGAAUAACCUAAUCAGGGCCGACGCCAACGUAAUGCGCAAGUUCCGCGAAUUCCUGCAGGCGCGCUUGCAACGGCUGGACAAACGGCCCUACGAAAAGUAUGUGCGGAACUUCGGCCCGGAGUAGGAUGGCUGCCAUGCAAUAAGAGAAUAAGUAACAUAAAGAACUAGUCCAAAAAUGGUUUAUAAACAUUAAUAAAUAAGUUGGCUGAAUGCGGUA